AAACACAAUCUCGUGAUGUCGUGUAUUAACAUGUGUGAUGUCGUCCUCACUUCACGCUCUCAUCUUGUUUUCACGCCAUGUUGUCCCCCGUGGUUUCCCGGUGUUUUCGGCUUUAGUUCACGUCGAUGUGUUUCUGUUUUUUUUUCGUGCUCCCUUAGCCUCCUCACCCUCUCUCACCCGCUCUCUUCUCUUGUCCAUCCCCCAGAGUUUCGAUCUCCUUCACACGGGGCCAACCUCAACCGCUCGGCGUCUCUGAGCUGCACCGAGCGCCCCCCGGAAAGCGGCUCCGUCGGCGGGAGCGUGACCCAGAUGCCCGGCACCCCCUUCCAGUACAUACCUGACUUCUGCGUGCGAGCCCUCACGGAUCUGCAGUUCGUCAAGAUCACUCGAGCUCAGUACCAGAACGGUCUCCUGGCGUCCAGGCUGGACAGCACGCCGCAGUCUCCGGAGGGCAGUCACACCCGCCUGGACACGUCCGUGUCUUUGCACCCCCCCGUGACGCCGCCGGGGACCCGGGGCGGCCCACUGCCGCUGGCCACGCCUCCCGCACGGCGCCCGCCGUCCACCGCUCAGCCUCCGCCUCCGCCGAGCAGCCGCGCCGCUCCGCCCCAGGCCGCGGCGCCCCAGGCCGCGGCGCCGCCGUGCCACCACACCCCCGUCUCCCAAGCUUCUCCGUCCGCCGUGAGCGCUGUCACGUGCACUUUUAACCCCCACCCGACUCUGUCCUCCUCCAAGUCCCAACAGCAGCAGCCGCCGUCUCCCGGGUCGGAGACCGGGCCGGGAGAGACCACCACUCUGCUCAGUGAGCAGCAGAACUGUCUGGGCCACCGCAGGCCCAGCUACAGCCUGGCGCACCCCCACCCGCACGUCCACACCAUCAGUCACGGGCACACUGAAAGCACCAUCUAACUGCGGGGGGACCACACGACCUGUGCACUCUCUCGCUGGCACUACUUUGCGUUUGCUCGUUGAACCUUAACGUAGCGGACGCUGAGGAUCAGCACCUGAUGUGUGUGUGUUGUCAACAGAGAUCCUCCUUUAUCCCGUCCUGCAUGUUCCCCCUCCAAACA